AUGGCUGACGAAGAAAACAUUAUUCGUGAUAGACUCACCGUCGAAGAGCGUACUCUCCGUCGAGUAACCCGAAAACAUGCCACGUUCAUUAGUUUCUUGGAGCAAGGAAACCUCAAAGAAGCGUGCGUAUUAAAUGUUGUUAUUGCGUACGAGAUUCCGUAUUCUAAACCUUGGAAAUUUAAUAGGAGACAAAAUUAUAAUGAAUUUCUAGUGGAUUUCUCAACGUACGAGCUUUCACUCAUACGUUUUCAAAUCAUUCAUGACAUGAAUCUACGAGAGGCACAGCAUUGGGAAAAGGAAUCACAGAGAAUUGGAGCGGAAAUCGAAGAGACCAAGAGUAUAAUUGAAAGAUUAGAAAAGGAACUAGAAGAAGCUGAGGAGAUACGGAAAAACAAAGUAGAAUAUGAUUUGUUGGCGUCCGAAAUAAACGAACAUCAAACUCGAGAUGAGUCCAAAGAGGAAAUAGCCACGUUGGACGAGGAGAUCUCACAACUUGAGGAAAAAGAAAGGGUCAUAAACGAAAUCAUGGAGCGUCGCAAGUCGCAGCUAGAGCGAAUUGUGUCGGUUUUGAGGGAAAUACAUUCAGAGAUACAAGCGGAUCAAGAGCAACACAAAUAUAUUUUUGGCGAAAGCGAAGCGCCCAACACUACACCUGAAUCCAUUAGAAGUGAGUCAGCAUCACCCGUGGGUUCGCCAAUCCCGCCACCACCGGAAAUUAUCCCGCAGGCAAAUGGAAUUAACGGAACGGACAAGGAUAUUCCGAAUGAAAAUGGUAUAUCAGACGAUUCGACCAAUGGCGUUGAGAGAGCGGCGACACCUCGAAGUAAUGGUGACUCACCAGAUACGAUACGCAUGAACAUUGAUGAUAAUUUGCCGUUAGAUAGGGAGACCACUGAUAUGUCACUCAAUGAUGAUGUCGUGGAUGGUUCGCAAAUCAUCGAUGAGGAAAUAUCUCGCGAGAAUCGGAACGAGGAGGGUGCCAUCGUCGACGAAAAUGAGGAAACUGAGAGUGUUGUUGGGGACGUGGGCGAGGUUGCAGAGGGGGAGAAUAAUAAUGCUUACGCGGCUGAUGAAGAGGUUCUUGGCAUCGAAGAUAUGGACGACGUGAUAGCAAGUGAGGAGAACGAUGAGUAUCCGUGCCCCUUAAGUGCGGAAGAGGAAAAUGAUGAGAUUCCUUUGGUAGAUGAGGGAGAGAUUGUGGAGGAUGUGGACGAUACGGACGAUGAUAGCGUUAACAGGAAGAGGAGACGAGACGUGAAUGAAGAUGACGUUGAAGAUGAAUCAUUUGAUCGAAAAAGGAAAUGUGAGGUGGAUGAUGAAGACGAUGAGGAGGGCGUAAUAUCAGACAAAAAUCCGCGUUCAUAUGAUCCAGAAGGAGAAGACGACGGCGAAAUCCGAUCCAGCGAUGAAGGUGCAAUAGAAAAUGAAGACGACGAUACCGAAACCAUAGAAGAUGUGGAUACCGUACGUGUGAUGUUAAAAUUUAUCUCAAUUCCUGUUGUGACUUGUCAACCACUGAAAUUCUCAUUUUCUAUUGUCUAG